UUCACCCCCCCUAUUUGUCUGCUGAUGGUUUGUCUCUUCUUCCGCUUGUUCCAAUAUGGCGGCGUCCGGUAGGCACGUAGGGCAUUAUAUCCACAGAAACGGACGUUUUCUGCGGGUUAACCUUGACCAUUUGUGGGCUAACAGGAGUUUUGGAUGGACUUCUGCACUGCAACAACAAGCUCCAGAAGUUAAUAAAGAUUCAUCAGAGUCGAUUGUCAUCCCCAGAAAGAAAACAUGGAGCAAAACUGCAGUUCUGGAAGCCCUGGCAUCAACUGUGAAGAGGGAUCCUACAGCCCAUCCGUACCAGUUCCAGGAUGAUCCGUACCUUGCUCCCAGAACAUCUGCUGAGUUUAGGCUGUUUUCUCUCUCCCAGGAGUCCGGUCGCUCUGCUGCCAAGUUCUUCGUCAACAACAAUCCAAAGUUCUUCACUAAAGACUUUGCUGAACCCCACAUACCUUGUCUGAUGCCAGAGAGCGUGACGCUGCGUCUGGAGGAGGUGAGCGAGGAGGCCUUGAAGGAGCGCAUCAGCCUGAGGAAAGUGACGGCUGCUGUUGACAUGUACGAUCAGCUCCUGCAAGCCGGCAUGGCCGUUUCCAUGGAAACCUCUCACGACCUGCUGGACCUCGUCUGUCUGUACUGCGACAAGGACCCCGAGCAGGAGGAGGGGCCUCAGGGGGAAACGGGAGAGGAGGCAAAAGGAAGAAGAGGGAGGAUGAGGCGAGAUUUUCCGAAGACUUUGUGGAAAGAAAACAACAACGCUGAGAGAAUCUUCAACCUGCUGCCAGAAAGAGACACGCGCUGCUACUCUGCUCUAAUCAGAGGCAUGGUGAAGCAUGGAGCUCCUGCAAAAGCUUUCAGUUUGUAUACAGAUCUGCUGAACAACAGACUGACAGGUGACGUCCAUCUCUUCAACGCUCUCAUCCUCGCUGCUCCAGAACUCAGAGAAAAAUAUACUGAAAAGUGGGAUCUCAUCAGUGAGCUGCUGAACCAGAUGAGUCAGCAGAAAGUUCAACCCGACCUUCUGACCUUCAACAGCGUUCUGAAAGCUCUGCGGCGCUGCGGCUACGUGGCAAAAACCAAAGCUCUGCCCACGCUGAGCGAGAUGAAGGCCAUGGGCAUCUCUCCGAGUUUGGCCACCUACGACCACAUCCUGGCAGCUUUUUUCAAAUCAGCGUCCUCUGGUACGAGCAACAUCGACAUCCUCCUGGAAGUUCUGUCGGAGCUGGAAGGAAGGAGCUUCACCUGCCAGGAUCCUGAUGAUGUUCUCUUCUUCUCCAGCGCCAUGAGAGUCUGUUUAGACGGCAAAGAUCUGGAGCUGGGAUAUAAGGUCCAGACUUUGGUAGAAGUUGGAGACAACUGGAGGCUUCUGGGAGACUCCUUCCAGCAGAGUAUUUACUAUGGCCGCUUCUUCCACCUGCUGUGUAUGAUGGAGAACAUUGACGUGGUUUUGGAGUGGUACCGAAAGAUCAUCCCAUCGCUGUACUACCCCAACCCUCAGGGAAUGAGGGACCUGCUGCAGGCGCUGGACACCGACAGCCGCCUGGACAUGCUGCCGACGAUCUGGAAAGACAUAAAGAGUUUGGGUCACGAUAACAAAUCCGAGCUGGUGGAGGAGCUGCUCGCCCUGAUGGCCAGAGAGAAGCACAGUCCAGAGGUUCAGGAGUCGUUUGCUGAGUGUGCUCUGAAUGUCAAGAGCGUGUGCGAUGGGAGGCCCGGUACGGAGUGGAGCGCCUCCUCCCUGUCCUACAUCACCACUCUUCUCCUGCGGGCCAACAAAACCCAGGAGGCCUGGGAGGUGCUGCUGGUCUUUAAAGCCAAGAACAGAAUUCCUUCCGAGGAGUUGUUGAACAGCUUCCUGUCGGCCUGCCACACCACCAGAGAUUCCCGGAUCGCAGUGGAGCUGGUGCAGCUGUCUUCAGCCUUCUGUCUGCCAAUCACAUCAGCACUGGCCUCCAGAGCGCUGGCAGAGUUCAACCUGACCGAGGAGCAGAGAGCCGUUCUGUCUGAACUGGAGGUUGCAGUGGAGUCUUCUGACUGAAGAACCAGGAGGAAAACUGAUCAUUUUUAUGCCUAUAUGGACAAAAAACUUCCUAACCCUCUAAAUAAUUCUGUCUAUAUUCGCCUUGUCAACGUAAUAAAACUUUGUGACACAAAA